CCGGGCAAGAGGCAGCGUGUUCUGGCGGCUUGCGUAGUGUUGCCCCCCUCUGCUCAGUGUUGCUAGCCCCGGUGUCAGCAGCUCAGGCCCUUGUUUUUGUGCGGCACUGCGGAGCAGGCGAUGAUGGAUAUUUUACUCGCAUAGCUGAUGGACCCCUCUAAAAUCCAGCUGGAUUCCGAUUUCUCUCAGCAGGAUACACCAUGCCUUAUAGUUGAAGAUUCUCAGCCUGAAAGUGUGGGGGUGGAGGAUGAUUUGGAACAAGCCCGAUUUGGUUUGCUAGCACAGCAUUUACCAAAUCUACAGGCUCAUGCUGAAAGCCCUGUAUUGGAGUUUGUGGCUGACUGUCGGAACAAUAAAGUUUCUGCUGGUGAUAAAGGAGAACCAAACUUAAUUGACCCUUUGAAAGAAAAUCAUCUAGCUGGUUCUAUGGAAUCAUCACCUACAUCAGAAGGUGCUGCUCCUCUAAGUCAAGUGAUUGAACGGAUUUCCUGUCCAAGCAAUAGAAUAAGUGUUUUUAUAUCUGAAGAAAAUACCGAACAAGAUGAUGCAAACUGCUCAACACAGUCCCUCCAAGCGGAAGACUCUGGCACAUCUCAGUUGGCCUUCGGGCUUUUAGAACUGUCUCAGAGCCAGGAUUUAGAAGGACACAGCUUGCUUGAGGAAGAUAAAAAAUUCACACAACCCCAGAUCUCCUCUACUGAACCUAAGGCAGCUGAAUGUAACCAAGCUUUUAAAGAACCUCACUGUGUUGGCACUGAAGCUUUUAGAAGAAAAGAAGAAUCUGUAGAACGUAGUCUGGAUGAAGAGCCCAUACAGUAAUAUAAUGCUAGCAUAUUAAGUUUCUCUGUUUAAUUAUUAUACUGAUUAAUUUAAAUAGUAGUACAUUUCCUUGAUCUUUCUAUAGAUGUUUGUUUAUGUCUAAUAAAACCACUUCAUAUUA